ACUUAAUACAUCUACAUCAUAAAGGUUUUUUUUUUCAUUUUUCUGAAAAUCAAUUUUUAGAAAAUUAUUUCCAAAAACAAUUUCUGAAAAUAAAUAAAAACAAAAUAAAUCGAAACAAUGGAUCUAGCUAAUGAAUAUUUGAAACAUUCAACUGGCAUUCAGUAUGUGGUGAUUACAUCCUUAUUGAAUGAAUUUGAGAACGAUGUUAGUAAAAUGAAGGGUACAGUUAUGGAUAUUGGAUGUGGUCCUGGUAACAAUACGAAAAAUUUAAUCUUACCAAAAAUAUCUAAUGAUGCAGUAAUUGUUGGAUUUGACAUCUCGAAGAAUAUGGUCGAUAGUGCUCGGAUUUUGAAUUCUGAUGAGAAACGGUUGACUUUCGAACAAAUGAGUAUUGAAACAACUGAAUUGCCUUCGGAAUACAUUGAACGAUUCGAUCAUGGAAUUUCUUUCUUUUGUCUUCACUGGAUUGCAGAUUUAAAAUGUGCUUUUGAAAAUAUUUUCAAAAUGUUAAAACCAGGAGGAACUUUCCUAAGUCAACAUAUUUUGUUAUUUAACGGUUAUAAUGGUUAUUUGAAACUUUCUGAAAAUUCAAAAUAUAGAGAAUAUCUAAAGGAUGCUAGGAGAUUCAUAACUCCUCUCUAUUUUAGCAAAGAUCCAAGAGGAACUUUAAUAAAAAUAUUACAAGAAGUUGGUUUUCAAGUUUUACAUUGCAGUGUAAGGGAAAAAAUAACAGGAUAUAAAUCUCAAAACGACAGAAAAGAACUGUUUGAGGCUGUUAAUCCUUUUGUAACACGAAUGCCAGACGAUGUAAAAAAUGAUUUCAUGGACAAUUUAAUUCAAGAAACAUUUAAGGAAGAAACAGUUUUAUUUAGAAAAAAUGACAAUCCAUUAGAAGAGGAUAAAAUAUUUGAUUUAUAUAAAUUAAUUAUGUUACAUAUUAAAAAGCCUUGCGUCCCAUGAAUAUCUGAGAAUAUCCACAGGAAAGCUUCUGGAUUUCUCUUUAGUGUUUCAUAAAUGUUUUCCAGAUAUCCCAUAGAUAUCGUCAGGAUAUCCUACAAAUAUUUUCAGGAUAUUCUCAGUAUAUCUUCUGGAUGUCAAGAAGAUAUUCUCAGGAUACUGUUUUUAAAGUCAUUAUGAGACGACGAGUGAGAAUAUUCUGUGAAUUAAAUUUUAUAUAAAUAAAAUAAAAUGCAACUUGUUUUUCGAGAAAGUUGUUUAAUUUGAAAAAUUAUUAACUAAUUUUUUUCUCAUUCGUGAUUCAUUCCUUUAUUCAUAUGCUUAAUAUUGUCAGAAAAUAAAUUGGCUUUAAACAAUAUAAAUUCUUCCCCGCAAAUAGCGAAUAACUAUUAAUAUUAAUUAUACAUUAAGUGCAUGAGUUUAUUUAAAAACUUUGAAAAAUGCGUUUCAAAUCUUCAUUUAAAAUAAAUUAGAAGCUCAUAAGAUUUUUAUUUUUAUUAUAUUAUUAUUCAUUAUAUUAGCUUAACAAUUUUAACCUUUAAAAAUAUAUGUUGAGAUAUUAAAUAUCCCGUGAAUAUCCUAAGAAUAUCCCACGGACAUCCUGAGGAUAUCCCAUGGAUAUCCUGCGAUAUAAUAUCCAAUAGAUAUUUUGCGGAUGUCUUAGGGAUAUCCUGUGGAUAUUCUAUGGAUGUCCUGUUGAUGUCCCACAGACCAGCGGUUUGGAUAUCCUAGGGAUAUCCUAUGGAUAUCCCAAGAUAUCUUGAGGACCAUUCUAGGAUAUCGACCAUUGAUAUGGAUAUCCUAUGGAUAUCCUUUUGUUAUGAUGGUGACGAUUUGAUAAAUGAUUGUAGCAAAUCAUUAAUGAUUAUAAAAAAACGAUUAGAUAUUUCUACACAAAAUCCAUAAAUAUUCGUUUUAUUAUACAACUUAUAUAUGUAUAAUACUUUAUGCAGUAUAAAAAUGUACGUUCAUAGCAAUUAAGAAGUGAUUUUAAUAAAGUUGUCAGUGCGAUGAAGUGUAAA